AAAAGACGAAAACAGAAGCAGGUGUCGAAUAUCUUUGUUGAUUGUGUUGUAUGUCCAUCUUUGAAUAAUUGAACAUCCGGUGCCACGAUUUCAUCAAGAGCAAUUAAAGAUCACGUUUCAAUUUUCGAAAACCAAAGACUGCUGUUUAAACUAGCACUUGAUAUUGAAUGUAGUUCUACAAUUUCAAGAGCUGUCAAUGGAUGGUAAUGUGCUACUGAGGAACCUGCUACAGGAGAUAUAUUUUUUAGUGGUGUGAUGCAAUUUCUGUGCCCUCAGUUAAAAUUUAACUGAAUUUUAUGAACUUGAAAGAAAGACUUUUUGAACUUGUCUUUUCUGAACUGAGGAGACUGAAACGAUCAUGGCAGAUAAUUCUCCCAAGAAAGAGCGAGCACCAAAAGGAAUCCGCGUAUUAAUUAGGGUCUGGGGGACAUUGUCCGCUCUAUGUAUUGGAAUCACUGGGUUGUUUGUUAUGAUAACAUUGUCUGCAACUUGCCUCGUCACUGGAAUUUUGCAACUGGUUGUUGGACUCAUAAUCUUACCAUUAGAAGCACCAAUUCUUUGUGCCAAUUUUCCAACACUUGUGUCUGCAAGUGACUGGUUUGAAAAUCAUUUGAAAUUUUGGAUGAGAGCUGCUCUAUACCUUAUAUUUGCCCUGCCUCCUUUCUUCUUGUGUCCAGAAUUAUCAACAUUCAUUGGAGGUGCAGCAGUAUUGGUCACAGCUGCACUUUAUGGUGUUUUAGCAAUUGGAAAAAAGGGGUCUGAGGCACCUAAAAGUCCAGAAGAAACUGAAAUGCGAACACAAUUGGUAAAAAAUGGAGAGCCAAAUGAAGAAAGCGGCAUGUGAAUGAAUAACAGUAAUUUGUUUAAUUAAUCUAUUAAAGCAGUUGUUUUGCAGAUUUAUUUCUGAAUGAGAUUGCCAGAUUAAUAUUACACACUACUAUCAGUUUUUGGGGGACUGCAUUAAAGGGCCAAUGCAAAAAUGUUUACUUGACAGUACUCUUGCUCUGUGGGGUUAGCUCUUUAUAAAUUUCUAAUAUAUAGCUAUUCACACAAACAUGGUGCAAACAUUAAUUUACCAAUGCACUAAAAGUUGUGAUAUGCCCUCUGGUAUAUGUUUACAAUACUCUAUACAACUUUUAGAGACUACAUAUUAUUAGUCAGAUUUUCUCAAAAUAUGGCUUGGCUUUAGUAAAAAUGCUGGAUGUAGAAACUCAGCAUACAACUACAACUUAAAAUAAUAUUAUUGACAAAACAUAAUGUUUGUGUUGUUGAAAGUAACCGUAAAUCAAUGCUGCUAUCAAUUAUAGUAAUUAUCAUUGUAUUUUUGGAAUAGAUUAGCAGAAUUCUCUCAUUUGACAUAUUUAUUUAUUGUCUGUACUAA